AUGAAUUCGACGAAUAUUGAGGAACAAUAUUAUGACGAUUUAUACUUCGAUUCAGAUACAGCAGACGAAGAGACGGAGAAUUCAACUAAAGAACUUUUUUAUGAUGAGAAAUUAGAUGAUGAUGAUGAACUUUGGAUGGAAAAAAAAUUGUCUCAGCAUGGAUCAGAUGCUAUCUUGUCUUGUCCUCUAUGCUUUACUCCAUUGAGUUAUCACACACAAAAACAUGAACUUUAUUCCAAUCAAUAUCGAGCAAUUUUCGUGGAAAAUUGUAAGAUCAUUAAAACAGAGAAAUUGUUAUAUGAUGAAAGUAAACGAAAAAAUAAAAGGCGUCAAAAUGGAGAUGAAUCAUCGAAUGGAUCAAACGCAAAGCAAGAAUCUUAUUAUCCCGUCGAAUGUAAAACUUGUGGUACCAAAGUUGCUGUAAUGGAUGAGGAUGAAGUUUUUCAUUUUUUUAAUGCGAUUCCUUCAUAA